AUGCCGGGAAACAUCGUGCGUGCAUUGGGCUGGGACAUAGGCUACGAGCAGCAGUUUCUAGCGGUGAAUCCGCUUGGUGACGAGAUCACGCUCUAUCAAACCCACCAUGAAAUCGAAGGCAUUGAAUCAAAUGAAUUGCUCAAAAUGCACUCUCACACAGGCAUAGAACAUAUCCAGUGCAUGGCGUAUCUGAAGGCCCGUGUGGGCUGGACAGGCGUCGGCACUAUGGACGGCAAUGCACACAUCUUUGACAUCACGCGGGAUAGCAGUUCCAGCGUGCAGCUCAAAACCAAACACAAUAGGCCCUGUAACUCGCUCAGUUUCAAUGAUCAGCUGCUUGUCGCGGCCAGUUUCGACAAAUCGCGCCAGGACAACUCGUUGCAGGUUUGGGACUUGACGAAACAUGCCCUGGUGUUUUUGGCCGCAGACGACGAUGAAGGCGCCCGCGCAAUCCGCCCGCAGGCCGGAUAUUUGGCCAAUGAGGCCACGUUGUCCACUUUGUUCAACAGUAGUGACCCAUCGGGCAUGUUGCUCAUGGCUGGAGGGUACAAGCUUUUGCGAGAAUUCGAUCUACGCGACCUGUCACCCACGCCAAUAUACCAGGUGGCCACAAAGAGCACCAUGAAAUUGGCACAAGACACAUUUCAGCUGCAGAUGUUCUCGUCUAUGAGCGAGGACGGCUCCGUGUCCAUCUGGGACCGCAGGAAACUUGUAAGUACUGGCAAAGGAUCCAUGUCCUCGGAAUCGCCAGUGCUCCUCUUCCCGAAGUUGAUGAGCGACAACCUGCGGCGGGGUGCGGCAUCUUGCUUUCGCUACUCCACCAUCAGACGCGGUGAGUUCGCCGCGGUUUUCAAUGGCGAUCUCAUUCGCAGAUGGAACACAGGUGUUGUGCCGAAAAACAAUAGCAUGGCUUUGCCAACGCUCACUUCAAACACUGAUGUUGUGUCUGGCCUCAAACAACAGAGCAUGCAGCUCUACAACCCACGUGAGGACCUGCUUUUUGUGGCCAUGGUUUUGGACUGCAAGACAGACUUGCCUCGUGUGAUCUCCUUCGACUACUCGCCCGAUACGUCCUCGCACACUUCGACCAACUUCGUCUGUAUGAGAGAAAAGGGGCUGGUGUUUCGCAUGCCUGUUGCUGAGAGCGUGGAGGCACUUGACUUCAACUCUUGCAACGAGUUCUCCGUAGCUGGUCCAGAGGGAACUUUGACCCGCUUCCUAGACUCGCCCUUUACUGAACCACUUUCCAGUGUGAGACCAGUAGAGGCCCCAAGCGCGUAUGCGGAGAGAAAUUUCAGUGAUCAGAAACGCGCAGAGGAAGAGGAUGUGUAUAUCCCGCUUCGUCGCAUAUUGGAUUUAUCGGACGUGUUGCGUAAUGAUAUUUGCUGUGCAAUCCGCCAACGCGUCGAGUGUGGGUACGGGGUUGAUAGCGAGAGAAACUUCCAAGUGUUGGAAAACACAGAAGGCGCUGGGGCCUCAUUGCUGUUAAGAAACACCUGGAAAUGGAUAACCCUAGCAAAAAAAUCGCUCGAAAAGGGUACAAUGGUCAAAGAAGGCGCGGAUUUGGGAUAUGUUGGCGUACUUGCAAUGUGGAAAGGUGUUGAGGAGCUCAGAGGACAAAAUAGGGUCAGACAGAACAAGCCAAUUUCUGAGGACAUGUUCGCCAAUGCAGUGAGAGUUAUUGCCGCCAGCAAAGGCGAGAAGUCUUCGGGCAUCAGUGUAUUACACACAAGUGAGAGACCGUUGCAAAGAAAACUUUCUCUCAUUGUGAGUGGAUGGUACCUUGCUUCACAUGAAUUCGAUGAGAAGCUCAAUGUGCUUGUCAAGGAUGGACAAAUCGAAAAGGCUGCAGGCUGGGCUGUCUUUCACGGUGAUGUAUCCCGAGCUAUAGAAAUCUUGUCUGCAUCAAAGAAAGAGCGUCUUCAACUUAUGUCCACUGCAGUAGCUGGAUACAUGGCGUAUAAGGACUCGAACAUUAAUCUGCCUUGGAACGAUCAGUGCCGCAAACUCUCACUGGAACUUGACAAUCUGUACUUGAGGGCAAUUUUUGCCUUCAUCGCUGAUAAUGACUGGUGGGACGUGUUGGAUGAACAUAGCUUACCUUUGAGGGAGAGACUAGGUAUAGCUAUCCGGUUUUUGUCCGAUAAAGACUUGAACGUCUAUCUCAACAGAGUGGCGGAUUCUGUUGUAACCAAGGGGGAACUAGAGGGUCUUAUCUUGACGGGGCUAACACCAAGAGGAAUAGAUCUUUUGCAAUCGUAUGUGGAUCGAACGUCUGAUGUGCAGACUGCUGCUUUGAUUGCACAAUUCGCUGUCCCAAGGUAUUUCAAAGAUGAGAGAGUGGAUCAUUGGAUUGACUGUUACAGAGAAUUACUCAACUCAUGGGGCUACUUUAAGCAAAGAGCCAAGUUUGAUGUUGCCAGAACAAAGUCCUCACGCAAUUCGAGUGAUGUCGUGACCAUCCGACCGGCACCGAGACAAGUAUAUUUACAGUGCAAGCUGUGCAAAAAAAACAUGUCAUCGAACUCUUCAAAAAAUGCAAAGAGUGCCACGAACAAUUCUAUCUUGAUGAAACAAUUCAACCACAGAUUGAGUCUCAAGGGAACCAACAACUACUUCAAUCUGUGCCCACAUUGUGGCUCUCAGUUGCCCCGGUGUGCAAUUUGCCUCUUGACGCUUGGCGGAUCCACUGCUCUGGUAGCUGAUUCAAAGUCUACAGAUACAAACGGAAGUUCUGUCCAUGUAGAUUUUGACAACAAGUUCAGCUUUUGCUUGAGCUGCAGCCAUGGAUACCACGCGCAUCACGCGGAGGAGUGGUUCAGCAAGCACUAUAUUUGUCCUGUUCCAGACUGCAACUGCAGGUGUAAUGACAAAUAG